AUGGCCCAGGUGCCGUUCAACGCCUGGCUGAUCCUCUGCGUGUUCGCUGGGUCCCAGAGGCUGACAGAUGAACACCCUCACAGCAGGGAUGGUGCCGGUGCCAACGCACCCCGUCGCAGCCCAGAGGACGCCGACGUCAUGUUAGAGAUGCUCUGGGGAGGGCUGGAUAUUCAGGCCAACAGGACAAUCCGGCUGCAGGAUGAAGAGCUGGCCUCCCUGCGCCCGACACGGCGGUUCAUGCAGAUUUUAGAGGAUGAAGUUCCCAAAACACCAACAGAGAUUGAGCAGCAUCUGAGAUAUUAUUCACUGACUGAUACCGCCUUGCCUCUAACAGAGUUUGACCGUCUCCUUUUCACCAGUGUUUACUGUGCCUAUCAGGUUCGCUCCACACAGGGUCUGGAUAAAAAUCUCUGGAUUAGUUUUUUCUCUCAGCUAGUCGAUGAAAUCUUUCGUGACCUUUGCAAGGGGCUCUGCCCUGCAAACACCACCCUUCUCCUGGCUUCCUGGCCCUGGAAGGAGAAGCCUUCCCAUUUAGCAUCCCUGAAACAUUUCUAUCGUUCUAAUCUGGGCAGGACAAAGAGAGACACUUAA